UGAUGGGCAGGGCUUACCCUAGGAGAAGGAGGAUGGGUUUUGACCUGACAAUGUGACGCCAGCAGCGGGCAUCGUUCCCAUCCUGGCUAGGCGUGGAAAUUUGUCUGUGAUCACACGUAUCAGUGAUUGGAAGAGUACCGCGUGUGGUUGGGCCGUUGCCAUGGCCUCGGUUCGUAAGGGAAUUAUUACGGCUGGUUCAACUCCCUCAAUAAGAAAAGCCCGCUCCCCUCUCUGGCACAAGAUUUCUAUGCCAUCCCAGUAGCCCUUCGCAAACACUUGUUUCGUGGAGUGUUCGUCGCUUCAGUCGCCUGGUCCAACUCUUUGAAUCCCUGAAGCUGGUAUCGUCGACAUUCCGAACCACGCACUCGAUAACAGCCGCGACAAACUGAUCAACAUGGAUAAGAGUCAGGCCAUCGAAGCACCCGAGCUCGUCGAGUACCUCACCGAUGCGAAGGAGCGGACCAACUAUGAUAAGGUUGACAAUGAGGUUGCCAAGUAUGCUGGCGAAACCAUCGUCGAGAUCGACGAAACGACGAAUAAGAGGCUGAAGAGGGCGAUUGACAAGCGGAUAUUGAGUGUCAUGGUCUUCACAUACUUCAUGCAGUCUCUUGACAAGGGAACGAUGUCUUUUGCCUCCAUCAUGGGCAUCGUCAAAGACACAGGCCUCAAGGGCCAAGAGUACUCUUGGUUGACGACCGUCAUUUACCUUGUCAUUCUUUGUGUUGAGUACCCGGAAAACUACAUUAUUCAGAAGAUCCCGAUCGCGAAAUGGCUUUCAUUCAACAUCAUAAUGUGGGGCAUCACGCUGAGUCUCCACGCCGCGUGCAACAACUUUACUGGGCUGGUCAUCGUCCGCGGCUUCCUGGGCGCUUUCGAGGCCGUCUGCCAACCGACCUUCGUCCUCUUGACCUCCAUGUGGUAUAAGCGAGACGAGCAAGCGUCGACGGCCAUUUACUGGUACAUGAUGAACGGGCUCCAGCAGGUCUUAGGCGGGCUUCUGGCCUUCGCGUUCUCCUUCAUCCCUGACUCGUCUCACAUCAAGUCUUGGCAAGCCCUGUUUAUGAGUUACGGAAUCAUCACAGUCUUUUGGGGUUUCUUCGUGCUCUGGUGGAUGCCCGACUCGCCGAUGAAGGCGCACUGCUUCAGCGAAGAGGACAAGAAACUCCUGGUGGAGCGUGUCCGAUCCAACCGCACUGGUCUGCAGAACCGCAAGUUCCGCAAGGAGCAGGUCUGGGCAGCCUUCAGAGACCCUCAAGUCUACGGGUUCGCCUUGAUUCAACUACUGACUACACUGCCUUCUGGAGGUCUUGGCGCAUUCGCGAAUAUUAUCAUCAAGUCGUUUGGGUUCACUACAUGGCAAACUCAGCUGCUACAAAGCGUGACAGGUGUUUUGCAAAUUAUCACCAUGCUCACGGCCUCCUGGAUCGACAGACGCUACAAGCAGACAAUCCUAGCCAUGAUAGGGGCUGUCAUCCCGACCAUCGCGGGCACCAUCGUUCUUCUCACCGUCCCGUUCGAGCCUAGCAAGAAGGUCGGCCUGCUAUUCGCGUACUACAUCAUGAUCUCCUUCUGGGCCUGCAGCGGUCUCGCUCUGUCUCUCGUCACACGCAACGUGGCUGGCCAGACCAAGAAGGGCGUGGUGAUCACCAGCAACUUCGUCUUCUGGGCUGUGGGGAAUUCCAUCGGGCCCCAGGUCUUCCGCUCAAAGGAUGCGCCGCGCUACUUCCUUGCGCUGGCCAUCAUCAUUGGAUGCUUCUCGUUGCUGGCGAUUGUCCUUUUACUCCUGCGGACAUACUACGUAUGGCAGAAUAAACUGCGUGACGACAAGAUCGCGCGUGGUGAGGGCGUCGCCGACACGACGCACACUCAUGCUUUCGAGGACAUGACCGACAAGGAGGAUGUGAACUUCAGGUACGUCUACUAGUCGGGUGUUUAGGGAUAUAUGCCAAACAGGAGCGGAUACCUGAUAGGAUACGGCGUUCUGCUUGUUCUCCUGAGCGCAGGCGUGUGGCCCAAAUGCCCAAGUUAUAUAAUUGCACGUAGAAUUAAGCAUUGCCUCGUAAUUCCAUCAACGUCCUGAGACAUUGAAGUAAGCAUCGCCAAGGAACCAGCAAUAAUUUCGGAGAACUGGG